AUGGCCGGCACCACCCUUUACGAAGCCAGCAUCCCCACGUUCCAAAACGGGCUGACAAGCCUCAAAGCCAUCCUCACAAAAGCCGUGGAACACUACGGCGAGGACGUUUCCUCUCUCCCCAGCGCCACCCUCAUUGACAAUCUCCUCCCCCUCGACAAACACGUCCAGGUCGCCUCCAACGUCGCGAAAAAGUUCCUCGAGCGGGUCGCUGACAUCCCCACCGAGGUAUGGCCUGAUACCGAAGAUACGGCGGAAAAAUUGAUUCAGCGGUGCCAGCGCACUCUGGAUCUCCUCGCGACUGUAACGCCGGCGCAGAUUGAUGGGUUGGAGGAGAAGAGAAUCGAGUUCUCGCUAGGCCAGCAUCAUCACUUGGUGAUGAGUGCGAAGGAGUAUGUGUUGAGAUAUGCAGUGCCGUUUUUCUUCUUCCAUACGCAGCUGGCGUAUUCCAUUUUGAGGGCGAAGGGGGUCCCGAUUGGAUAUGCGGAUUUUUUGAUGCCGCAUAUUGGGCCUUUUACUCAGUGA